GCAACACAUAACAUUCCCGAAGUGGGACUGCUUAGUGAGACUGAUUUCUUUGCUUAUUUAAAUAAUAUUAAGGAGACUGGAUUCCUCGAUGAGGUCUCAUGUGAGCCAGCUGGGAUGUCAUUAGAUGCGACUGACAGUAGUGGUAAGAGGAAGCACGUUGUUGGACCUCGAGAAAGUGCUACCAGUGGUUCUGUAGCUAAGAAGGGAAAGAUGAGUGGUAAAGGUAAAGGAAAGGAGAAAGUUGCUCAAUUGGAAUCGGAAUUACAAGGGCUUCAGAAAAUGUAUGAAAGAAGGAAUGCAUUGUUACAACAGCAUUUUGAGAGAGAACACGAGUUUGGUCUGUCUGAGAUAUUCAACGUAUUGCUAUGGAAAAUACUUUGUUUGAAGCAUGUUUCUUGGUAGAUGAGGUGGAAGAUGAGCUAUGGAAUGGUAUGAUAAAGUCUAUGACUACUCAAGUUAGGUCUUAUAUUUCUCGUGUUAAUAGGCAACCAUGCUUUAACUCAUCCCACACAGGAAUGGUAUGGUUGAAUGAGAUUUUUAAAGGUCAUGAAAAACGAUGUAUCAAUGCGUUUCGAAUGAAACCAUCCAUGUUGAAUGCGUUAGUAGAAAUAAUGACUAUUAAAUAUGGGCUAAAAGGAUCAAUGUAUACGACCAUUGUUGAAAGGUUUUGCUUAAGUAUAUAUAUCAUGGCUCAUGGGCAUUCAAAUAGAGAACUCCAAGAAAGAUUCCAGCACUCGGGUGAAACUAUAAGUCGAAUAUUUGGAAUUGUGUUGGAUUGUUUGAUGACGUUUUCUAAGGAUAUGAUUGCACCCGUUGACCCCACUUUUGGGAGUGUAGCACCUGAUGAAAGAUAUUUACCGCAUUUCAAGGAUUGUAUUGGAGCUAUCGAUGGUACUCAUGUUCCAGCGGUUAUAUUUGAAGAAGAAGAAAAUAUGUGGUACAAUCGUAAAGGAUUUAUUAGCCAAAACAUCAUGACAGCUUGUAGCUUUGAUCUUCAAUUUACAUUUGCCGUUCCGGGAUGGGAAGGAUCAGCUCAUGAUGCUAGAAUACUACGAUAGACACUAGAGAAUCCUAGUUUGGGAUUUCCCUAUCCCCCACUUGGUAUGUUUUAAAUUUGUGUGUCACUUUGCCAAAAAAAAAGAUUGUGUUUCAUAAUAUAACUUUUUAGUAGGGCUAAUUAUUCAAUUUUUAUUUAAUUAGGUAAAUACUAUUUGGUAGAUGCGGGGUACUCGAUUCAAGAAGGUUUUUUGCCGCCACACCGUAAUACGAGAUACCAUCCAUCUUCUUUCAAUGGAGAGAGACCAAACUCGGGAAAAGAAUUCUUCAACAAAAAGCAUUCAUCGUUGCGUAGUUGCAUUGAGCGAACAUUUGGUGUAUGAAAGGCAAGGUGGCGUAUCCUUAGAUUCAUGCCUUCUUAUCCUUUUAAGGUGCAGGUCAAAAUAAUCUUAGCUACCAUGGCACUACAUAAUUUCAUCCGUCGAUAUUGUAAUGACGAUCCCGCUUUUCUUUGUUUGAGACAAACCUUGAUUUUGUUCCUCAAGAUCGCAUUACUCCACCAACACAAGAAUCCACCGAAAGGUCUUCAAAUGAGGUUCGCGGUCUAAGCUCUGCAUGUAUGAUUGCAUUACGAGAUGAAAUUACCGAAAAUUUGGGGCGUAAUAUGAGGCAACGUCGUUGAUAGUGUAUGACGAUUGCAUGUGUUCUAUUAUAUAUUUCCUUUGCUGAAUGUAUUUUCAGACAUAAAAAUUUGCGAUGUAAUAAAGUUAGUACUUUUUAUGUAUUUUGUGUAUCAUUUAUUUUUUAAAUGAACUCCAAUGAAUACUUAUGUGUUAUUUUAUGUUUCAUUUUUAUUUUAAUUUAAAUGCA